AUUUCCGUUCAUUCUCCCUGAACACUCAGAGCCACAAAUUCAAGAGAGACUCACAUGUGCCAACAGAGAGGAGUGACUGCAUUUAUCCAAGGCGGGCUUAAUAACAACAAAAAGCUGUGACGUGGUUACAGUAGAAGGUGAGGAGUUACUACAAGGACUAAAGGGAGCAUACAACUGACCUGAGUGCAGCCGGACAGGUCGAGGUGGAUGAGUCUGCGGCAGCCCUUUCCUGUUGUCAGCUUUUCACACUGAAAGAAGACCAUCAGAGCAGGGGUCAGGAUGCACAUGUCCUCAUUCCUCCUCUUAGCCUCCCUGCUCCUCCUGGUGCUCCCAUCAGCCGAGAUGAAAAAACCAGGCAAAGGCAGAGGCCUGAGAGGAGCAAGACACAAACUGACACGGGACAGGGUACGAGUUGCCGGGCGCCACAGCAGGUCUGGCCCCUUCAGGCUUAUGGAGCCUAAAUGCACAGAGUCCACAGAAUCAGGAGAAGUCUUUGUAGACUGUCAGGACCAACGCAUCAACUCCAUUCCUCCUGUACAGUCCUGGUCCCAAGAACCCAAGCACCUGCUUCUAGCCCGCAACCGCAUCAAAGUCCUUCGUGAUGGGGCCUUUUUUGGGUAUGAGAGCUUAAUUAGUCUGGACCUGCAGCAGAACCAGAUCUCUUCAGUGGAAGAUGGGGCCUUCCAGGGACUGACACACCUUACAACCUUACUGUUGCAGCACAAUCGCCUAAGUACACUCACUGAGGAGGCCCUUAUCCCCAUGCCUAACCUUCGCUAUCUACGUCUGUAUGAUAAUCCCUGGAACUGUCUCUGCCCAAUGGAUAGUCUCAUACGCACCAUUCAAGUCCCAAGCAAUCGAAACCUAGGAAACCAUGCCAGAUGUGCAGAGCCAAUCUGGCUAAAAGGAAGAAAACUAAAGCAAGUUGACCCAGAGUUCCUCUGUAAGGAGAGAGACAUGACCAGCAGUCCACAGGGGGGCCAGACACUUCCCACAGUCCCUCCAGAGCCCAGUCCCAUUCGCACCAAACCAGAUGCCACCACAUCUUGCCACACAUACCUUUUCCCCCAUGUCCGAAUGGACUGCCGUGGUCGAGGUCUAACCGAGGUGCCGACAGGUAUUCCAGAGGACGUUGUUCAUUUGGAUCUGUCCCAUAAUUCAAUUCGUCAUCUUAAAGCCAGAGAUUUCCAAGGAGCGAGGAGUCUUAAGAGCCUUAACCUCAGUCAUAACAACAUGGAGCACACUGACACAGGUUCCUUGUCAGGGCUCCUGCACCUACGGGAGCUGGACCUUUCUGACAACCUCCUUCAUUUUGUCCAGUACGGGGUGCUUGAAGAUCUGUACUUUCUAUCACAGCUAAAACUAGGAGGAAACCCCUGGGUGUGUGAUUAUAGUAUCCACUACAUGGUGUACUGGCUGCGGUUGCACCCAGGGGUGAGGCACACUGGCCUAGUGUGUCGCUCCCCACCUGAACAUACGGGUGAAACAGUGGAGGACUACGUGCAUUCCUACAACAGAGCCUGCCCUAAGGAGAGACAGUACAGCAGGACAGAGGACGAUCAAACGGACCCCCAGCUUUGGGAUACACCCCUGGAAGUGCAGGGAGAGCUGGAGGAGGAGCUUGAGCCCAGCCACUUGAGAAAACCAAAGAAAUACGAGAUCUUCAGACUGUCCUGACUUUCGUGAAAAUGUGAGCUCACAUGUGACUGUAAAAAAAAAAAAGUUUUUGCUUACCCUUCUCUCAUUUCUUUCCAUGUGUAAAAGUCAGUAUCAGAUGGUGAAUCUAUUUGCCACAUUUAUGUUUUGCCAGUGUUUGUUUAUCAAAAUAUAAGAUUUAUUAAACUUUUGAAUGUUUUGACUAAUUAUUACCUUUGAUGGAC